AUGAGUGAGCUCCAUAGUGUGUUUUGCAAGAGACGAGUGCCCUGUAUAAAAACACCAAGACAUUCAGAGAAACGACGUAGUUUGAGGGAGGAGAGCUUGGAAUCUGGUCUGCUCAGCGCCCAAGAAGAGUACAAACUGGCACCAUAUGGCCCAGACGACGAGACCGCGCUACGCAACAAAAUCCUGGCAGGCUACGACAGAAAGUCGCGCCCGUACACUCCGAUAGGGAUCUAUGUCGACAUCAUUCUUCUCUCACUCAAUAAACUGAUAUGGCACGACCAUCGUCUGACCUGGGAACCCACGGACCACAAAAACAUGUCCAACAUCGUCCUUGACCCCACCCUCAUCUGGCUUCCGAGACUGGUGGUUGAGAAUCCCAUAGAGAAAAUUUCGGUGAUCGGCGAGGAGAUCCACCCUCCCAUCCGAGUGUCGAGCAGUGGAUACAUCACAUGGACUGUCCCCACUGUGCUCAAUGUCUAUUGCGAGACGCGGAUCCUCAACUUCCCCUUCGACUCCCAGACGUGCGUCAUCAAGAUGUAUGCCUGGGGCUACACCAAUGAGGAGAUCUUCGUGUUACCGCGACAGGAGUACACCAGCGAGGACCGCGCUAGCAUCGAGCGGGUGUACACCCCGCACGGGGAGUGGGACUAUCUGGACAACUGGAUCAAGGCCGAGAACGUGCCCUCGGGCUCUGUCGUCAUACAGAGGGUCAAGGCCAGCCUCAAGUUCCGGCGGAAGUGGGUGUUCCUGUCCUUGACCCUGAUCGUGCCAGCUGUGUUGUGCUCUCUGCUGAUGAGCGCUGUGUUCGUUCUGCCCUUUGAGUGCGGGGAAAAGAUGAGCUACUCUCUCACCGUGCUGCUCACCUUCAUCGUUCUCCUCACACUGGUCGCUGACAGUCUGCCACCCAUCUCUACCGAGAUCUCUUUGCUACAGAUCUAUCUGACCGGUGUGAUGUGCACGGGCACGUUGGCCACCCUCCUCACUGCCUGGACAGUCACGAUGUACAGCCGACCUGAGGGCGACCCCGUGCCGCGCUGGAUCGUCUACGUGUGUGACCACGGGUUCAAACCCUUCACCUGCAAGACCACAGCCUCCCCCUCCUCCUCCUCCUCCUCCUCGCCUCGCAACAACAAAUCUACAACAACAAGCAACUCCCGAAGCACGAGUCAUACAGACGUCCACUCUAUUUCUCACAACUUAAACAACACACAGGACAUCUCUGCUGUCACUAAUGGAAGAACUUCCCAGGCUGCUUCAAACUCCGGAUCUAGCAGGUCUGGAGUGAGCUCCACUUUCCUGAACAGACCCUUACCCAGGUUUGAACCCAGAGUCUCUGACGGGUCUGUGACGUUCAGCGCAUGCGCCUCGUCUCGCCAGUAUUACACUGACCGCUCCGAGUACUCCGAUUCAGGGAGUAUGUACUUGCCGGACGACGCUGCUCAUUUCCCGGAGUCUGGUGGUCAGUUUGGGGGGAGACCAGGGCCAGAUGACCAGCAGACGACCCGCACGUGGAAGGAGGUGGCCCAGCUAGUGGACGCCGUCUGCCUCAGGGUCAUCAGUCUGUCCAUUUUGGCGGGAACCGGCUCCCUGGUCGUCUUCUACAGCCUUUCUUACUGACCGGAAGGAUCCGGGUUUAAUUAACGCCCUCUUUUAACACGGUUUCGUUAUAAUGCAAGAGGCUGGACCUCCGAAUUUAUCGUCUCUUUCCGUAGGACGGAGCCAAAUGGGAUGCGAGCCUUCGAACCAGAGCCUUCUUAGAUACUAUAGUAUUAUUUAGGAGCCAACCCAGGGAUACAACAUCCAAGGAGAAAGAAAGACCGAGAUACUCGACAAAAGUUAUCCCUUUUCUUUUACUAAAAACAAUUCUGCAAAAGAGAGCCCAAAAAGUAAAAGAAAAUCUUGUGCAGAAUUUUGCACUGAAAUCAACUCAUCAAAAGAAGGCAUUUAAAAGGAAAGCGGAUGACAUGACACUUCGUUUGUUCAUCUAUUCUAAUAGGCUACAUUUGCCAAUUUUAUAUAUUAUUUAUAUUCCCUACGUUUGUGAGUUUGGCCGAGCCUGCUCUGAAGCCACCUGUCCGAGAAAGUCACUUGUACAAACGACCACUUGCCACGUCCCCACUUGUGUUUUUUGUUUCUAAUUUCUAUUGAGAUGACACAGAUGUCCACCUGCCCAAGAAACCAGUUUUCUCCUCGAUUAUUGGGGGUGGGCGUCUAAAUCAAUUUAGAGUGUGUCAAUAUGUUUCAUACUUUUGUGAAUAAAAAGGUUCCCUUA